UUUGAUAAAAUAUAGAAAUCUUUUUAUUAAAUUCUUAAUGGAGUAGCUGUUUCACAAAGUUCUGCUGCUGUAAAGAAAACAUUAUCAAUUAUACAUACAUAUAGCCACUCUGUUUUAGAUUUCCUCCCCAGUUAGGUCUCCAAAGAGUACUGAGUCGAGUCCCAGGUGUUUCCAUCAUAUUAUUUUUUUAUUUUUAGAUCCAUCAUAUUUUUAAAGUCUCACUUCUUAUUUAAUGUCUUAAGAACUACUACUUUGUUAAUUUAUCUUGUUGAUCAUGAGCUUCCCUGGACUCUGUCUCAUAUGUCCUCAUAUAAGGAUGUUGCUAGGACAGUAGUUCUAUGUCAUAUCAUUUAUGAUUUUUAGAUUCAAACAUCUAAUAGAACAUUCUCAGAUAAAAACGCAGGUGAUAAGAAGUAAAUGAAAGGAUUAGUAGGCACCUAGCACUUGUGAAAAUGUUUGGUGUCUCAGUUUAAGAGGAGUUUAAGCAAAAACUAAUCAUUUGAUUGCCUGUCUCAUCUUCACUUAGUUUUUAUCUAAGCAGGUUUUUAUCUUGCUCCUUCCUCUACAACAUACUUCUUUGUCCUCUCAUUUUGUCACAUCUUCUGUGUUUGUGGUCUCCGUUCUGCAGGCUGCAGGACCCUAGUUCCUCUUGCUCCUGGUGUCUGUCCCCUGGUGGGUGAGGUUGGUCCAGAGGUUUGUGCCCUAACCCCCUUGAUGGACUUUUGACUGCUGUUUCUGUGACCCGAGCCUGCCCUGGAUAUUGAGGGGAGCUUCCCCUUCGCUCUGUGGCUGUCACCGCCCUGUCUGUGGUGGGUCUGCGCCCUGGUUGGUGGAACAGAGCCCCCAGAUCUGUUUCUUUGUUGUGAUCCUGUUCUAUGUGGAGGCAGGUGGGAUUGGAGCACACCCCCGGGAGAGAAGCCCCUGAGGAUUGCUGCUCUGGGGAUGUUCCCCUUGGGAUGUGCUCUGUGUGUCACUUUCACCCAUUGGGUGAGUCUCGUGUGACCCUGGUUGGCACUGCCCUUGGCCCCACCUCAACCAUGGGUAUCCUGGCACAUGGCCCUGGUGCCUCUCAGAUGUUGUUUUCACCAGGUCACCAGCAUAGAUCCUUGAAGUCAGGGCCCAGGAUUGCAUUCAUCAUGGAGCUGGACCUGCUGUGGUGCUGUGGGGGCAGCUCAGACUCCGGCCUGGCCCUGCCCCCCAGUGUGGGAGCCCACGAAGUCUACAGCUGCUACAGCUACACCUGCUGUGACUGGGGGAGCUGUCCUUGUCCACUCAGACGUGGACACUCAGCACCUUUACUCUAAAGGUGCUGAGUUUACAAAGACAGCUGUGAUGGUAUAGAAACGAGUUUGUGCAACUUCCAGUGGAGAUAUCAGCUUUACUUCCUUCAAUUGCCAGACCCUGGGGCUCAGCAGUGCUUCAGCCCGCUCUGUGCAUGUGGAUAAACCACAGGGCCCUGCUCCCGAGGUUUCCCAGAGUCCACCAGUCUACCUGGUAGUGAGGGGCGCAGAGGAAGAGGCAACAGCUGGGUUCUUGAGAGCACCCACCCUAAUGGAGCCCUUCCUCAUGCCUCCUAUAUCUCCUCAAGACACCCAGGAUUUGAUGCCAAAGAAACCAAGGGUAGAAGAUUUGUUCCCAAAAGCAAACCUAGGAAUAUAUGAAAGAUUUCACCUCAGAAACUUGCAAUUAAUGAAAGACUCAGAACAUACAAGGGCGUGUGAAAGACAGAGAGGAUGUUUACCUGGACAUAAAGAAAUUGAGACAGUUACACAUAAUGCAGACAUUACUGUAGAAAGAAAUGAGCUACUUGAGUCAAAUUGGGGGAAACCCUCAUUUCAGUCUUCAACAUCUGCUGAGAAGUGUACGUUUUUCAGAAAAAGUUUACAUUGUUUUUUGAAACAUACUUGUUCUCUGAAAGGAAAUGUGGACAAUCUGGAAAGUCCUCCAGUCUCUACUGUACAUACUCCUUAAAACCACUCUGAGCAUAGGCUUCGAUUCAACAUAUAUUUAAACAUGUCUGAAAACCAGAAAUCUGAAAAUGAUGGGAAAAACUCACAAUAUAAUCAAUUUGAGGGAUCUGUGAUUAGGAAGUCAUUAUUCUUCCAGAAACAGAUAUUUUCUCUCCAUUCCAAGAUGUAUAAUGUUGAUGAUAAUGGAAGAGAUGUAAUCCAACCAGCAUUGUUCAAUACAUCCCAUGAUAUGGUUAAUAGGGAAGAACUUUCCAAGUGUAAGAAAAUGAGUCAGACCUUAAGUAAGACCUCCAGCUCCAAUAAUUACACAAUUAUUUAUGAUGGAGUAAAGGUCUAUUCAUGCAAUGAACCUGGGCAUAACUUUGAACAAGACUCAAACUUUAUGGAACAUCAGGGAGCUCAGUCUUCACACAAGGAUUCUAAAAGUAGUAAAUGUAAGAAUAUCUUUUAUCAAGCAUCAGAUCUUUCUCUAAAUAAGAGUAUUCAUAGUGGAGAGAAAACUUACAAUUGUAGUGAAUAUGGUAAAGUUUCUAAUCAGUCUUCAAAUCUGAUUAAACAGCAGAGAAUUCAGAAUCCACAGAAACAUUACAAGUGUAAUAAAUGUGGGAAAGUCUUCAGUAACUCAUCUAAUAUAAGUAAACACAGGAAGACACGUUCAGGAAGGAAACCUUUCAAGUGUACAGGAUGUGCCAAAGCCUUUCAUCAGAGUUCAAGUCUUAGUCAACAUCGGCAAAUCCAUACUGGCAGGAAACCUUAUAAAUGUAGCGAAUGUGGCAAAAUGUUUAUCUAUUUCUCAAAUCUUAGUCACCAUCAGCAAAUUCACACUGGGGAGAAACCUUAUCAAUGUGCAAAGUGUGGCAAAGCCUUUAGUCAGAACUCAAAUCUUACUCGACACCAGCGAAUUCAUACUGGAGAGAAACCUUAUAAAUGUAAGGAUUGUGGCAAAGCCUUUAGCCGGCGCUAUGGUCUUACUCAACACCAGCGAAUUCAUACUGGAGAGAGACCUUAUAAAUGUAAAGAAUGUGGGAAAGCCUUCAAUACAAACUCAUACCUUACUCAACACCAGCGAAUUCAUACUGGAGUGAAACCUUAUAAAUGUAAGGAUUGUGGCAAAGCCUUUAGCCAGCGCUUUGGCUUUACUCAACAUCAGUUAAUUCAUACUGGAGAGAAACCUUUUAAAUGUAAAGAAUGUGGAAAAGCCUUUAGUCAAUCCUCAACUCUUACUAAACACCAGCGAAUUCAUACUGGAGAGAAACCUUAUAAAUGUAAAGAAUGUGGAAAAGCAUUUAAUAGAAACACAACUCUUACCAAACACCAGCGAAUUCAUACUGGAGAGAAGCUUUAUAAAUGCAAUGAUUGUGGCAAAGCCUUUAGCCAGAGCUAUGGUUUUACUCAGCAUCAGUUAAUUCAUACUGGAGAGAAACCUUUUAAAUGUAAAGAAUGUGGAAAAGCCUUUAGUCUAUCCUCAACUCUUAACAAACACCAGCGAAUUCAUACUGGAGAGAAACCUUAUAAAUGUAAGGAUUGUGGCAAAGCCUUUAGCCGGCGCUAUGGUCUUACUCAACACCAGCGAAUUCAUACUGGAGAGAGACCUUAUAAAUGUAAAGAAUGUGGGAAAGCCUUCAAUACAAACUCAUACCUUACUCAACAUCAGCGAAUUCAUACUGGAGUGAAACCUUAUAAAUGUAAGGAUUGUGGCAAAGCCUUUAGCCAGCGCUAUGACUUUACUCAACAUCAGUUAAUUCAUACAGGAGAGAAACCUGAUAAAUGUAAAGAAUGUGGAAAAGCCUUUAGGCAUAGCAGUCAUCUCACUAGGCAUCUCAGUGCACAUACUGGAGAAAAAUCCUCAUAAUGAAAUAAGUGAUGGAAGAAGUUUGUCCUAAACAUACACGUCAGAAAACACGAGACCAUUUAUAUAAGAAAGAUAUGGAGUGAUGUAUAAAUGUAAAAGAAAAAAAAGUGUAGAAAAUGAUUUAAUGAAAAUCGAAAUCUAAAUAAAUACCAGAAAAUCCAUACUAGAAAACUUUACAUCAAUCCUGUUUUCCACAGUUCCUCUUAAAGAGAAGUACUAUAGAUAGUAAUCAACAGUUAAAGCAGAUAGAAAAUUGAUAUGUUAGUGUGGAUCACAAGAUGAAAGGUUGAUGUUUAUAAAGGUACAAUUAUUAGCAAUGUAUCCUUGCUUAUACUGACAUGAUUUGUGAUUAUUUGAAAAUGAAUGUAGUUCAACUCUCUACUUACUCCAAGGUAUGAUUCAUUUCUAGUGUGCAUGCAAACUUAUGUUGUUGAUAGUUGGUACCUCAAAGAUGAGAGAAGCCCUUCUAUCUAGGGAGAAAUCAUUUAUAUGUAUUCUCCAUUAGAAGAUUAAGGACACAGUAAUGUAACAUGUACAGUAAACAUCUAAAUGGUGGUGUUUGUCAUUCAUGUCACACAUCCCUGUAGGUCACCAUGAUGUAAGUGUUCAGGGAAUAAUUCCACAUACUAAAGAUGUAAGUUAUUAAGUUAUGCUUUUAAAUGUUAAUAUAAUGACAGUUCACUGAAAUCUUGAUGUGUUUUAUAAUAUCAGCAGAAAUUAUGAAUGUUUAACCUAUUUCAAAUAACCUCUGAUACCCUAAAAUGUAUGGGAAACCCUUCCCAGAAAAUUCCUGUAAUUAUUGUAAGUCUUCUUUCUUAAAUGAUUAGUCUCCAUUUUGUAACCAUAGAAAUCACAGUUGUCAGAUCAUUAUAUCAGAGGAAUGAAUAUUGUUUAUGCUUGCAAUCUGUCUUUUAAUCAAAGUUACACAAUGGAGUAUAAAAGGCUUUAUUCUGACUGUGUGUGAUGUUCAUACAUGUUAAUCAAUAAAACUGAAUGGCUUCUUGUGGUAAA